AUGGCAAAGACAGCAUUCUCCAUUUUGAUCAUUGUCCCUGCAAUCGGUUUGUCUCUUGCAGCCAAUACUUUGGGCACGAACCAGUCAAUCAGUUAUGAAGAAACAUUAUUCAGUCCUCAAACUGUCGUGUGGGUUGCUAACAGAGAUAACCCGCUAGCCGAUCAGAACGGUGUUCUCAGAUUUAGCAAUGUGAGCAAUAUGGUUGUUCUCAAACAGUUGAACGGUGUUGUUUGGUCUUCGAAGUUGUCCAGGGUCCUCAAGAAUCCAGUUGCACAGCUCCUGGAUUCGAGAAAUCUUCUUUGGGAUAAAUCUAGUUCGAGUGCUGAUGAAGCCUAUUCAUGGCAAAACUUUGAUUACCUGACUGACACGCUUUUACCAGGUAUGAAGCUGGGGUUGAAUUUGAAAACGGGCCUUGAACGUCGUCUGAUCGCGUGGAAAAGCAUGAACGACCCUUCUCCUGGAGAUUACAUACAUGCGUUAAACUGUCGUCAGGGGCUACCUCAGCAUGAAGUAGUCCAAGAGGAUCUGCAAAGGAAAAUAUUACGAACCGGGCAAUGGAACGGAGUUCAAUUUGUUGGCGGUCCCAUUAUGCCCAGCGUAGCUAUUGUGCCCAUGUUCGCGAACAAUGAAGCUGAGAUCUCCUUCAUGCUUGAGGUUCAGGACAAUCGACUUUUCGUGAAAAUGACAUUGCAUUAUUUGGGAGUGACGCAGCUUCUUGUGGUGAAUAGAUCAACAAGCGCCACGUGGAAUGUCAAACGCGAGUUCCCUAGUGAUCCGUGCGACACUUAUGGCAGGUGUGGUGCUAAUGCCAUCUGCAACAUUAGCUCGUGCGAAUGUGUGAAAGGUUUCAUGCCUAAUUCGCCAGACAAAUGGGGAUCACUUGAUUUUUCUGGCGGAUGCAAAAGGAUAAUACACAUAAAUUGUUCGAAAGGAGACUGCUUCUUGGAAAUUAAACAUGUUAAACUGCCCGACCUGUUGGCAUUUGCGCUGAACAAGAGUAUGAGCCUCUCGGAAUGUGAGGACAAGUGCUUGAGGAAUUGUUCGUGCACAGCAUAUGCUAAUUCAGAUGUUAGAAGCUAA